AUGUUUCGUAAACCAAAAACAAAAGGAGCUAUCCGUCAACGGAAUACUGAAGCUUGGGAUGAGCCUGAUGCAGAGAAUCAAGACAAACCUCCUAUAAACGAGGUAAAAAAAACGGCUGUCCCGCGUGCAACUAUCAGUUUUGAUGCAGAUGAAGGCGCUGACUCUUUCUUCAAACUCAAAAAGGACAAGAAGAAAGUCGAAGAGCUAAAACGACAGCACAGAUUGGAAGAAGAGGCUGAACAAAUCUGCAAGCAGGAAAAAGAACGGAAAGAAGCUUUGGAGAAAAUUGUAAAAAAAGAAAAACAGUCCAGAGAAGACAAGAAAACGAACAAUGAAAAACAAAAAUAUUUGGACAAGUAUCGAGAUAAAUCAGCUAAGCACAUUUCCAAUACCGAAAGUUUCGAUUACGACGAAGAUCUAAAUAUUGAUGGAGAUGCAAUAAGCUCAGUGUCCAACAAGUUCGCAUCGGUAUUUGAAGGGAUUCCUGAUUCUCGUGCUGUUUUUGAAGCCAAGAAACGUCGAGAGAGGGCACGAAGAGAGGGAAAUCAAGAUGGUUACAUUCCUUUGGAUGAUACACAAAAGUUAAAAUCUAAGAAUGAACGGAAUAGGCUCAUUCGUGAAGAUGAAAACGACGACUCUGAUGAAGAAUGCGCUAACAAUUUUUAUUCGGCUCGAGAGUUACUCCGUUCAGAGGAAGAUAGAAGAAGAGAAGAACAGGAACGAUUUCUAGAAAGAGAGCAUGGAGAUGUAGACGAAUCAGAUCGGAAGAAGGAUGAAGAUAGUGAGAAUGAAGAAUGGGAAAGACAACAAAUAAGGAAAGCUGUGAGCAAGAGAGAGGUUAGAACUUUUCAUGAUUCGGUUGUUUCUGACCAUGUGCAUUUUCAGAUUGUACAACUCCGAACAGAGAAACGGAACACUUCUCAACUUUUUGGUCAUGUUGCUCCGAUAGAAGAUGAUACCGCAAUGGAUAUGGAUAUUGAUCUGGAAAUGGAUGUACAAGUGAUCGGAAAACCUGAUUUUUCAGGCCCAAAAAAUACCGGAGGUGUUGUAAAAAUCGGAGACAUUCUUGCUAAGCUAAAGCUGCGAAUUCAAGAACGAGACGAAGCACUCAAUUUCCGGAAGGAAGAGAAAAGAAAGUUGCAUCAGAAUAUCGAAGAGAAUAAAGCUUUGAUUGCAAAGCUGGAAUCCGAACUUCCCACCCAAAGCACAAAAUACACAAUGUACCAGGAGUUGCGAGUUUAUUCGCGACGUCUUUUGGAAUGUUUAAACGAAAAAGUGGCUGAAAUCAAUGGAAUAGUUGAUAAAAGAAGAGAUUGUGGUAGAGCUAAAACAAUGAGAAUCAUGUCGAGACGACGGCAAGACACGAGGGAUCAACACGCGGAGUGUAUGCAAGGAAAAUCGGCUAAAAUGGGAGAAGCAGCGACGAGAUCAGCAGAACGAGAAGCGCGAAGGACGACGUCGUCGGAGCGAGAGACCACUCUUUCCGGAAUUUCUCAUGAAGAAGGACUCAGCACUGAUGACGAAGAGACCACUCAACAAACGGCUUCUGACAAAAAAACAUACGACGAAGUGGAAGCAGUAGCAUCUGUCUUGUUUGCUGAUGCUCUAGAUGAAUAUUCUGAUCUUCGGAAAGUAUUGGGAAGGAUGAUUGACUGGCUAGCAGUUGAUUCCAAGUCAUUUCAAGAUGCCUACGUGUAUUUGUGUCUCCCGAAGCUAUGUUCUCCAUAUGUUCGGUUGGAGAUGUUACAAGCUGAUAUUCUGAACAAUGAAACAGUUCUAACAUCGAUGCAAUGGUUCAAAACUGCUGUACUUGCGGGUUCUGAAAAUGCCGAAAUCGAUCAGACACAUGAUAUUCUUGUUGAGCUGGCACCUGCCAUCAUUGAAAAAGUUGUUGUUCCUUUUCUGAUAGAUACCGUGAAAGAAGAAUGGGAUCCAAUGUCGCUUCGACAGACUCGAAAUCUUGCCACAUGUUGCUCAAUUUUCGAAAAAUUGCCCAACUUGACUGAAAAGAGCAAACAGUUCAAUGCAUUGUUGAUGGCAAUCAGGGAAAGGAUAUGCGACGCCCUCACAAAUGAUAUUUUCAUGCCUAUUUUUAUGCCGAACAUGAUAGAACAACCUUCCUGCCGGCAGUUUCAUGAUAGGCAGUAUUGGUCUUGUAUCAAAGUAACGAUUACAAAAAAUGCUCCGUUUGAAAACUCUUCUUUACAGCUCAUAAGAUCAAUCAAUGCUUUAUCAUCCAUAAUCUCUGUUGCUGCUCGAUUCGAAUUGGUAGUUGAAAAAUGUGUGAACUCUCAUUGUGUGAUGGCAUUCCGAACCGGUGUCAAAAAUGAAGUGUCGGUGGAACGGAAAAUACGUGGUUUGUUCACCGAGUUGGAUGAUGCAUUGCUGAUGAUGGGUGGAAGAACUUCGUUCCGUCAGUUGAUUAGCUCACUUCAAAUUGUCGCUGAAGCUCAAAAUCAAGCUGGAAGAAGCUUCCACAAAGAGAUCGACAAAUAUCUCAUGAAAUUGGAACGGUAG